AUGGAUAGGCGUCGCCAAGCAGCUCGCCCUGACGAGACAACUCUGAGCGAAGGUCUCUCGAGAAAUCGGGCACAUGAGCGAAUCGUAAACUUUCAUCUUUCAAUGGCGACGACGAUCGACCAACUCGUGACCGACGCGCAGCGCGAGAAAGUAGCAAGGUCCAAAGACAAGGCUUUGGUCAAGGCUUUGGCCAAGGCUAGCCCUGGAGAUGCAAAUUAUCCUCGAGACGUUCUCAAGAAGGCGCUUUCUGUUUGGGCAGUGCCAUCGACUACCGCGGAACGCAAGGAGGCGCUUCGGGAUGCGAACCGUGGUACACUGAAACUGGUGCAGAUCGGCCGCGGCGCUUUUGGGACAGUUUUCGAGAUUCCUGGUACAGGAUGUUGCCUUAAAAAGACCCUUACCUCGCUAGAUAAACUCUGGGAAAAGUUUACUAUGGGCCAGAGGAUGCGACAGAAGGUCAACGGCACAGUAUCAGACGCAAUAUUUACGAGUGAACAACUCCAGAAAGUCAUAAUGCCUAUGGUUCCUCGAUAUCUCUGGUCAGGCGGUAUGGGUGAUGCCGAAAGCGCCAGUCGAUGGUUUAAAGAUAUUGGCCAUAUAUUCCCCGUUAAAAACGAGGGUCAGAAACCAGGCCCGAUUAUAUGCCUGGAGAGAAUCAUGCCUCUCCCCAAGUUGAUCCGCGACAACCUCAUCAAGCUUUACUUUAAGCCUGAGAAUAGGAGAAAAGCUCUUGCUGAUAAGGCCAACAACAAUUGUCUCUGUCGACCCUAUCUAGGGAAGAGAUCAUCGGAAAUAGCUCCAGAUAAGAGGAAAAAGGAGCUCCAGACUUUACAAAACUUCCCUCUUUACCUUGACCAGCUCGAGGAGUUGGAGAUGGAGCCCUUGACCAUAGCACAAGAUAUGGCCAUGGGCCUCGCAGCAGGUCAUUGGUCUGCUAGUUGCAACAUGCUGGGCGUCGAGUACGUUCUUGGGAGCCGGCCUUUGACCCCGCCAGAAGUACGCCUCCUUGUUCUAGACGCCGAUGAAGAGGCGAUUAGGAGCGGGUCGUAUCCUCACCGCGUGAGGGACAUGGCUCCUAGGGCACCCAUACGAAGAAAUCGGCCCUUUCAGCUUUGGAUGCUCGACUUUGAUAAAGCUAGUCGGUUCAAACCGUCGUUGGGAGAAAACUAUCGCAGAGAAACCGAGCAGCUAGUGCGUGAUAGUCGAACUACGGAUGGUCCGUAUUAUCCACGGGCUCUACCGAAUACGGAGGUGGAUUGGAAGUUGUGGCUGGCAUUUGCGACAACAUAUAUUUCUGCGAGCAAAAUCAUCUUGAAUUCUACACUUCGGGAAAUUCAGGGUCAUGAAUGA